GAGGAGCCUCCUUUGCUUUUCCCGAUCCCCACCUAUGCAGUGCUCCUCGUCAAGGGCCAGUCGGCGCGCGUCGGCUGGCAGGAUACUCCGCAGGGGUCACAACGCCCCGUCAUGUAUGGCCCUCGAUCUAUCGAUGGCAACUUCUACAGUUUCACGUUUCUCCGAAGUUGUCUGCCAUUCUUGCGAGCAGCGGAGGCAUCCAAGGCACGGGCCAGCGAGGCCCUGAAAGCUGCCAAAGAGAGCUCCGAGCUGCAG